CUUUCUCUGUUUUAGUCGUUUCUCUGCUUAGCAGGCUCAAAAAGGGACAGUUUUAAAGACCAGAGGAGGUUCAGCCGCUCAUAGUAGCACACAGACCCCUCACCACUACAGUAAUGGCAGCACAGAUGGACUUUGGUCUUAGACCGUACCAGGAGGAGGUGGUGCAGGCCGCACUCAGAGGAGAGAACAGCAUCAUCUGGCUGCCCACCGGUGGAGGAAAAACCCGUGCUGCGGUUUAUGUGACUCAGAACCACUUGGAGACCACAGCCAAUGCCAAAGUGAUAGUGCUCGUCAACAAGGUGCAUCUAGUUGACCAGCACUUUGCAAAAGAAUUCAAGCCUUAUCUUGAGAGAAGAUACAAGAUAACAGCCAUCAGUGGGGACAGUAAUGAGAAAGACUUUUUUGGGCGUCUAGUCAAGGCCUCAGACCUGGUCAUCUGCACGGCUCAGAUCUUGGAGAAUGCCCUGAUUAACACGGAGGAGGAAAAACACGUGGAGCUGACUGACUUUACCCUGCUGGUAAUAGACGAAUGUCACCAUACACAAAAGGAGAGCGUCUAUAACAAGAUUAUGGGCCGCUAUGUUGAAAAGAAAUUGAGAAAAGAAGGGAAUCUGCCUCAGAUUUUGGGCCUCACCGCAUCACCUGGUACAGGAGGAAAUAGGAAACUGGAUAAAGCUGUGGAACAUGUACUGCAGAUCUGUGCCAAUCUGGACUCAGUAAUUGUGUCCACCAAGAAUUUUAAACCAGUACUGCAGAAAGUCGUCCCCAGACCCAAAAAGCAAUAUGACAUUGUUGAAAGAAGAGCUCUGGAUCCAUUUGGAGACCACUUAAAGUCAAUGAUGUCGAUGAUUCAUGAGUUUAUGCCGUCAACAGUGAGUCGCAGCCUGCGAGAGAUGGGCACCCAGGAAUAUGAAGCUGAUGUGGUGGAACUAGAAAAAGCAGGUGUAAAGGAAGAGGACAGACUGAUUGCUCAGUGUGCGUUGCACCUGCGGCAAUACAACGACGCUCUUCUCAUUAAUGACACCGUUCGCAUGGUGGACGCUUUCCGUGGUCUAGACGAGUUCUACAGUUCAAAGAAAACCAAAUUGCUGGAUGGAACAGACAUCUUUCUCCAGGGACUUUUUGAUGAGAACCGCAUGGAGCUUAAACUGCUGGCAAUGAAUGCCUGCUAUGAAAACCCCAAACUGGCCCGUUUGCAACGCACAUUGCUGGAUGAGUUUAGUGACAAAAAAUCUCGUGGUAUCCUCUUCUCAAAGACCCGCAGGGGCACCCAUUGUCUUCAUGACUGGGUGAACUCCAACCCUGCGCUGCUGAAGGUCAACAUCAGAGCUGGCAUUCUCACUGGAGGGGGUACAGGUGCAAAUCACAUGACCCAGAAUGAACAGAAGGAAACCAUAAAACGGUUUAGAACUGGAAUCCUCAACCUCCUCAUCUCCACCAGUGUAGCUGAGGAAGGACUUGAUAUUCCAGAAUGCAACUUAGUUGUACGUUAUGGGCUGUUGACCAAUGAGAUCGCUCAGCAGCAGGCCAGUGGGCGGGCUCGAGCUCUGAACAGCGUCUACUCAGUGGUGGCAGAAGAAGGUGGGCGUGAAAUACGCAGGGAACUUACCAAUGAGUAUCUAGAAAGUCUGACUGCAAAAGCUAUUGAGCAAGUGCAGCAAAUGAGUCCAAGAGAGUUUAGACACAAGAUAUCCGAGCUCCAGCAAAUCGCUGUUCUGAUUCGAAUCCAGGGCGAGAGGAAAAAGGAUGAGAGGAAGCAACGCUAUAGUCCUGCUCAGGCUCAGUUUCAGUGCAGAGGAUGCUUCUUGCCUGUCUGCAGUGGAGAAGAUUUAAGGAAAAUAGAAAAUACACACCAUGUCAACAUCAACCCUGAGUUUGUGAGGCAUUACAGAACAGGUGGGCAGGUCUUUGUGGGGAGGAACUUUGAAGAUUGGGAGCCUGGACGGGUUAUCAACUGCAACAAAUGUGGAAAGGACUGGGGAAUGGAGAUUAGAUACAGGAAUGUGGUAAUACUCCCCUGCUUAAAAAUAAAAAGCUUUUCCUUGAAGACUCCUGAAGGCAAAUCCACUCCCAAGCAGUGGAAGGAUGUUGAGUUCCAGGUGAAAGAGUUCGUCUUUCUUGAGGACAUGAGCAGUCGUUUCCCUGACCUAAACUUAAACGACUGACACACCUUUUAAACUCAGUCAAAACACUGUCACAGUUACUGUGUCAGAAUUUCUCUGUCUACAGUGAGUACUUGUAUAACAUUGGUUUUCUACUUGUAGGUCAUGGAGACUUUGCAAGUGGCAAUUAAUUGCUGUUAAUUCCAAACUACUUAGCAUCAUUUGAAUAUGACAUGUUCAUUCUAAUUAUGCCGAUUAUCCAUCGUGCUUGUGAUUUGGUUCAUUGUGCUUGGUUGUGAGUGUCAAAAGACAUUUGGGAAUCUCUGUUCCACAUAAUAUAUCUGUACUUGACAUAUAGUUUUAAAUUGUAGUGUUUACUUAGUAGUUUCUGUCAUGUGAGAGUUUUGUUUGCUUUUGUCUGAGAAAGGUGUGUGUGUGUGUGUAAGUGUUGUGAUGGUAUUUUUAUUUUGAACAAUCUCGUUAAUUAUUCUGGUGUCCCUCUCUGGGAUCAGGUCUGUGCUGCCCAGAUUAUGAGUUAUUAUAGACAUUACUCUGCAAUAUGUCUCUAAAUGUUUCUGAAGGUCUUAAUGGCCCUCGUUGAGCUCUAGUCUGCUCAGACUGUCGCUUUCAGAUUGCAUGAACAUUUACAUAUAUUCAUUUAACAGAUGCUUUUAUCCUAAGUGACUUACAAAUGAGGAGAAAUAUGAAUACGUUUCAAAAUCUGUGAGUCUUCAUUUAAAGACUGCUUACAGGUUUGUUUAUAGCACUUAAGUAUGUGUCUCACCAAACAUAAAAUUAUAAUGCGUAUAAUGCAUGCCUUUUUAAAAGUCUGACCUUUUUACAUUUCUGCAUUACCACAUGAGUCUGUAUAUCACAUCUAGAAUAUAUGAUUUUUCAAAAAUAUAUAAUAAAACAAUUAUGCACUGUA